AUGAGCAGCAGUGUGGGGUCAGAAGCCGUUCAGUGCCCAUCUAACAAAGUUUACAAAGCAUGUGCUCCUUCUCUAGAAGAAACUUGCAAAUCAGGUAUAAUAGGGCAUAACCAAACACAACUAAGAGAAGGCUGUUUCUGCCCUGAUGGGACAACACUUUAUGAUGAUGGUGUGGAUGUCUGUGUGAAAACUUGUGGAUGUGUUGGCCCAGAUAAUGUACCCAGGAAGUUUGGGGAGAAGUUUGAGUUUGACUGCAAAGACUGCAUUUGCCUGGAAGGAGGCAGUGGCAUUAUCUGUGAGCCCCACAAAUGCCCAGCAACAACCAUUGAAGGACCAUGUGAAGGAGAAGGAUUCUACAAGAUCACUGAAGUCAAUCCUGAUGACAAAUGCUGUUCUUCUACUGUAUGUGUAUGCAAUGCCACCGACUGCACAGCCAAGCCUCCUCAUUGUGAACCAGGGUUUGAAGCUGUUGCUGAGACUCCUGAAGGUCAAUGUUGCCCAGUUUAUCAAUGCAAACCCAAGGGAGUUUGUGUGCUUAAUGGCAAUGAAUAUAAGCCUGGUUCUGAAGUCUUAGGAAGCAAGUGUCAGCAAUGUUUGUGUACUUAUGAGCAAGACAAGAGCACACUUCUGAAUGUCAUCACCUGUGGCCAUGUCCCAUGCAAUGUGACAUGUGAAAGAGGAUAUUCCCUUGUAUUAUACCCUGGUGAAUGUUGUGGGAAAUGCGUGCAGACAAGCUGUGUUGCACAAACGAGUGACAAAGUGCUUAUCUUAAAACCUGGUGAACAAAUGAGCGAUCCAAAUGACAACUGCACUGUUUACAGUUGUGUGAAGAUCAACAGGCAGCUGAUCUCCUCCACCUCUUUGAUAAGCUGCCCACCAUUUAAUGAGCAGAAAUGCCAACCUGUGAGUAUACCUUCUGAACCAGAAACAACACCAGCAUGUUCUCCUUCUAUAAUCACCGACUAUAUCAUUUAUGAUGGAUGCCGUUCAGAGGAACCAGUUUCCGUGACCCAGUGUGAGGGAAAAUGUGGAACUUCCUCAAAAUACUCUGCAAAAGCCAACUCAAUGCAACACACGUGCAGCUGCUGCAGAGAGGCAAAGACAAGCAUGAAGGAAAUCACACUGCUGUGUCCUAACAGAACAACCAAGACACAUCGCUACCUCCAUGUGGAAAGUUGUGAAUGUCUCAACACUGACUGUGACCUAUCAGAAGCCCAAGAAAGAAAGUAG